AUGGAGGAUUGGAAUUUACAUCCUUUGAAAGGAGAGCAUUUGCAUGUUAGGUGUUGUGCACAUAUGCUUAAUCUUGUUGUUAAUGAUGGAAUGAAAGAGAUGCAUGAAUCUAUUAGCAAGAUAAGAAAUGCUAUUAGAUAUGUGCGUGCUUCUCCUAGUCGUAUGAACAGGUUUAAAAAUUUCAUUAAGGAAGCUAGGAUACAAGACAAGUGUACUGUUCAACUCGAUGUUUCUACUAGAUGGAACUCUACAUACACCAUGCUUGAAAGUGGUUUGAAGUUUCAAAAGGCGUUCAAGAGGUUAGGGGAGAGAGAUACAGAAUAUGCUCUAAUGCAAGGUGGUAUUCCGAGGAAUAUUGAUUGGGACAAUGCAAAACACUUUAUGGAAUUCUUGAAAAUUUUUCAUGAUGUUACAAAGAGUGUGUCUGGUAGUUUGCUUGUGACUUCUUCUCAAUAUUUUCAUGAGUUUUGUAAGAUUUUGCGAGUGUUCAAGACUUCUUGUGGUAGUCGAGAUCCAUUAUUUGGGAGUAUGGCUGAGAGGAUGAAGCUUAAGUAUGACAAGUACUGGGGUAACAUAAAAAAUAUUAAUAUGAUGAUUUUUGUUGCUGUGGUUCUUGAUCCUAGAUACAAGUUGAAGUUUGUGAACUUUAGCUUUGAAAAGCUAUAUGAUAAGGAUGAUGCUGAUUUUUUGGGUGCAAAAGUGAAAGAGACUUUCUCCAAGAUGUUUGAAUGCUAUAUGAAUGUAAAUAAUGGGGAUAGAUCUUUUACUUCAGCAACAACGGAUGGUGCAUCAGAUGUGGGAGUACCUGAUGGCGACAUGGCUGGUGAUUUUUUCAAGGAGGUACAUUUUCAUGAGAUCAUCAACAAAAAUGAGGUGGAUUUGUAUUUGAUGGAUGGUUUAGAGAAACCUCGUGAUCAAAAUACUUUUGACAUAUUGAAUUGGUGGAAGGUAAAUUCUAGCAAGUAUCCUAUCUUAUCCCAAAUAGCUAGAGAUGUCUUAGCAAUGUCGGUCUCGACUGUUGCUUCAGAAUCAGCUUUUAGCACUGGUGGAAGAGUGCUUAACAACUAUAGGAGUUCUUUAACUCUAAAGACAAUUGAGGCAUUGAUAUGUACACAAAAUUGGCUUCGUGCUUCUCCAAUGACAACUGAUUUUGAAAAGCUUAUUGAAGAGUUUGAGAAACUUGAAUUAGAAAUUGCACCAACCGGAGAAGAUGAGGAUGAGUCUGGUGUGGAUUCAGAUUAA